CAGGCCGUCCACAGCAGCACGCGCGCCACGCCGAUAGAGUCAGAUCCUGCUGCCGUCAGUCCCGCGCCCGGGACGGCCGCCUCGGCGACGCUCGCCCGCAACGCCACGAACCUGCGCGACACGCUCGACGCCCUGGCCGCGACGCGCGCCGGGGCCCUGGCCGCGGGACGUCGGAACGCCGAACUCGCGCAGGAGGUGCUGCGUCUCGCCGAGGAGGCGGCGAGGCGGCGAGACGGCGGCAGCGAGCCUCAGGGGGGCGGUGGCGAAGACGACGAGGCGAGGCGGGAGAUGCAGCUGCUAAGGGCCGGCCUCAAGGCGAGCAGGCAGAAGUGGAAGGUCAUGAAGGGCACGGCAAGUGCGAUUGUGGUCGGGAGCGGCGUCGACUGGGUUGGCGAUGAGGGCCUGAGGUGGAUGGUGCUCGAUCCCGAGGGGGAGGACAUGUGA